CUGCGAGAGAAGCGGGAAGGAGACGCUGCCCUUCUGAAACCAUGGAGCGCGGCUGCACGGAAGGAAAUUUCCAACUAGGCCCAGACUGUAGAAUCCUGAGGCCCGCAGCAAAGCAAAGCUGGAUUUCAGGGAGAACGUUCUGAACGACGAUCCUUUCCUGCGCCGUGCUCCAGCAAGAGCUGAAGGCCUCUUUCCGAAAUGGCGUUCCAAAGAUCCGAAGGGAUGUCCAUCAUCCAAGCUUUGGCCAUGACCGUAGCGGAGAUCCCGGUGUUCCUUUACACCACCUUCGGUCAGACCGCCUUCUCUCAGCUGAGACUCACCCCGGGCCUGCGCAAGGUGCUGUUCGCCACGGCUCUCGGGACGGUCGCCUUGGCCCUUGCGGCUCACCAGCUGAAACGCCGCCGACGCCGGAAGAAGCAGCUCGCCCCGGAAAAGGCCGGCGCCAAGCCUGCCGGGGUUCCGGUCCCCAUCUUGCCGACGCGGCGGGUCCCUUCCGUGAAAAAAGGCUAUUCGAGCAGACGCGUCCAGAGCCCCAGCAGCAAGAGCAACGACACGCUCAGCGGCAUCUCCUCCAUCGACCCCAGCAAGCACUCCAGCUCUUCGCACAGCCUGGCUUCGAUGGUGGCCGCCAACUCCUCCAGUCCGACCCCAGCUUCUGCUGCACCCUGGGAGGCCCAGCUUUCAGAAGACCCCGGAGCUGCUGGGGACUGCAGUGCAGAAAACCUCUACUUUCAAGGGAUGGAGCUGUUUGAGGAGGCCUUGCAGAAGUGGGAGCAGGCCUUGACCGUCCGGCAGCGGGAUCACACCACCCCCUCGGUCACCUGGGACCACUCUAAAGAAGCGGAGCUGCUGCUGGAAGAUCUUCCGGAAGUCAGGGAAUCCCAGAAAAGAGAGUUUGCGGAGAGGCUGGAAUUCCUCUUGAACCGAGCGUAUCACCUCCAGGAAGAAUUCGGCUCCACCCUUCCUGCCGACAGCAUGCUGGUAGACCUGGAGAGAGCGCUUAUGUUCCCCUUGACCGAGGAGUCUCUGAGACUUCGGGCUGACGACGAAGAAGACAGCUUGACGUCCGAGGACUCCUUCUUCUCUGCCGCUGAGCUCUUUGACUCCUUGCAAAUCGGGGAAAUGCCGUUCCCGCUCUCCAAGCCGGCCGCUGCCUACGAAGAAGCCUUGCAGCUGGUGAAAGAAGGCAGGAUUCUGUGCAGGACUUUCCGAACAGAGCUUCUCGGCUGCUACAACGACCACGACUUCUUGGCGAAGCUGCACUGUGUCCGAGAGGCUUUUCAGGCGCUCCUUCAGGUGGACAGCAACCAGUCGUUUUUUGGGGAAGUGGGGAAACGGAUGGUGAUGGGGCUGAUCACCAAGGCCGAGAAGAACACCACGGGCUUCCUCGAAAGCUACGACGAGAUGCUGCGCUACACGCGGAGGCAGGAGACCUGGCCGACGACGCAGAAGGAGUUGGAAGGGCGUGGGGUGGUUUGCAUGAGCUUCUUCGACAUCGUGUUGGAUUUCAUCCUCAUGGACGCCUUUGAGGACUUGGAGAACCCGCCUUCUUCAGUACUUGCCGUCCUGCGGAACCGGUGGCUCUCCGACAGCUUCAAAGAGACGGCCCUCGCCACGGCCUGCUGGUCGGUUCUGAAAGCGAAGAGGCGACUUCUGAUGGUUCCAGACGGCUUCAUCUCUCACUUCUACUCCGUAUCGGAGCACGUCAGCCCCGUUCUGGCUUUCGGAUUCUUGGGUCCAAAGGAACACCUGGCAGAAGUUUGCGGCUUUUUCAAGCACCAGAUAUUGCAAUAUUUGAAAGACAUGUUUGACCUCGACAUUGUGAGAUACUCAACGGUGUCGCUACUCGCGGAAGACAUUCUCCAGCUCUCCCGUCGCCGCAGCGAGAUUUUGCUGGGAUACUUGGGGGUCGAGACCACCCAGGAGAUGAACGGGACGCUGCCCAGUGACAUUGUGCCCUUGGAGGAGUUCAACUAAGCUCACUCGUGUCGGCCACAAACUUCCUGGCUUUUAGGGGAUUUUCCUUUCGGCGGGAACGGUCUAUCGCCACAACGAAGUGGCUGAAUCAGUGGCAGAAAAUCUCUCUCUCUCUCUCUUCCGUCCCCAGGACAAUUCAGGGCAUUGGCUGACUGCCCAGAUGUUUCUAGCUGCACCUGGAGGCUCGGCAGAGAGCACUCGAGGACACUCGCUGAAUUUGCUGUGUGCUCUCCUGUCGUUCCUCGUUAAUUUUAGGUUUUUAAACGAUAGCAAACACACUUGGGCUCAGCCCUUCUACCGCUCUGCUGAACUUGCAAAAGGGCAUAGCUCACGGGCACGUUCCCUCCGGUUUAAAUGUGUGAGCCGAAAGUCAGGGCAGGGGCGGGAGAGGCACAGAAUGUUUCCUGACACCCCACCCCCCCGCCCGAUUCAAAAAUGAGAGGUUUCCCUUUUGUUCCUUUUUAAUGUGACUCGUUUUGCCGUGACUGUAUGUACAUUCAGGUCCAUCACCUUUCGUUUUGUUCUAACGUUACAAAUUCUGCUCCGUGUGAGGAUCUCUUGAUUGCACGGAAAGAAGUAUGCCUUCCCCUUGCAAGGGGUUAAGCUCAUGUUUCUGUAAAGCACUGAGAAACGGCCCUCGGGAGACAUUGGGAGUUCUGUUCCCACCGUCCUCAGGCAAUGUGGCUGGUUGGGGCAGGAUGGGAGUUGGAGUCCAACAAGGUGGAACUAGAGGAUGCUUUUAUGAAACAGAAAAUUUGUGUGGGAACCCAUGACUUGCGAGGGAAUUAACCAUCUUGCAUAGGUGAGAUGAAAUUCAUGUUUUCCUCCCUGCUCUUAUUGAUCCAGACGCCGGUGACUUCUUUCGUCCACAAGAGGGCAGGUACUAGACCUGGGGAGGAGUUUAUUGGGUUUGGAAACCCCCACCCACCCCGGCAUGUCGUUCCUUUAGGCUCACGGAGUAGGUGGUCCACUGAUCUGAUGCAACCCCACUGAGUGUUACUUGAUACUUGCAAUCCCUCCUGUUCUUACAGACUCAAGCCAGCAGCAAAACCCAGAAGGUUUAUUGUCACUGUUUUAGCGUUGCAGCUCUGGCAGAACGCAUUGCUGUCUUUAGCGUGCAAGUUGGCUCCUUUGCUUGGGAAACCGGUCCGAGUUGGCCCGUGAUUCCCGGCUUGCCAUGGAGGAUCCUCUCAUCUUGUUCCUGAAGCUCACGACAGGCGUUGUGUGCGACGCCCCGCGGGGAAACAAAAACGGGCAGUGGACCCUUCCCGCCAAACCGCAGGAGGCCACUAGCGAGGGAGUACUGACGGCUGGCUGCUUCUCUGAGGUUUAGGAUGGGGUCCCAGCGCUUUCAUAAAGCGCCUAUUAACCUCCAUGCCAUGACCAGGAACCCUGCAGUGCCUUGCACAGCAGCCACAGAGAGGUAGUUUUUCAAAUGAACCGUUCUGGGAAACCCUGGGGAGAAACUUGGUGCGGUGGCGUGGAGGUUUCCUCAACCAUGGCUGGCCUUCCCUCAUGGCGCGAUGGCAUAGCGGAGGGAUUGCCGGCGGCGUGAGGUGGCCUGGUGGUGGGUGGGCUGACUCUUUAGACUCACAGACCCGGUAGGCGCACCGAGGUGUCCCAUAAUCCUCUGCAGAAUACGGCGGAAUCUCAGCACACAGAUUAUUGGGAAGAGGGAGUCUUCUGAAGAUAGAAACACGCAGGCCUUGUUGGGUAGCCCGUGGGAGUUUUUAUAGAGUGUAUAUAGAGUGACUACACAAGCCGCCCUGGUGCCUUUCUAGUAUUUGUUCGUAACAAUCAGUCUCGCGCAACUCCACCGCCUUUCAACAGGCAGUAGCAUCUUUUAACGCACACUGGCAGAUGGGAGAACAUGUGUAGCGUGAGCUGCACUUUGGAAAGCAACACGGGGAAAGCUGAGCGUUGUACAAAAGACAGAUUUUACAGUAUUCGGCGCACCAGAGAGUUGCUGGCAGCAAAUUUUUUAAUCCGUCCAUGCCGUGAGUCUCUGUACGAGGAAGCUCUCGAGUUGUACAAAGAACACAACAAAUCAGAGAGCCUUUGUAUAGCAAAGGAUGUAGCACGAGGUGUUAAUUGUACAAAAUGAUGGGGAACUCGAGGCUUCCUGCUAGUUGUGUAGGUGUUAGUAGCUUGGCAGAAUUCCUCAGCGUAGGAUUUGAGGCGAAGGCUCAGACGGUCUAAUCCUUCCAACCAGCCUUGCCCAACCCAACACUCUUGAGAUGUGUUGGACUACAGCUCCUAUCAUCUGUUAACAUGGGAGCUGUAGUCGAACACAUUUGCUGGGUUGAGCAAGGCUGAUCUGAAUCAUGGGCUUGCGCACACCAGGGGAGCCAAAGCCUCCACUUUUGCUUUAGGACAUACCGUAGGAGCAUGUUUUGCGCAAACUCUGGGGAUUCUGGAUUGUUCUGAACCAAGCUGGGUUAAAAUUCUAAGUGCAUAGCUUAUAAAUAGAUAAAUUAAAGUCUAAAUAAGAACUUUGUUAAAACAAACCAGGAUUAAGCCAUGAUCUGAUAUCUUGGUUUGUUAACCAAUGUUGGUUAGAGUACACCACAGUUCCCCAAGUUUGUAUGUAAUGUGGAUCUGUCAUUUUGUCCUAAACCAGAAACAGAAGCUUUUGCCAUUUCUCCUCCUAGAUGUGAAGGAGAGUGUGCGAGCCUGGAGUGAGCUUGCACCUAAGCCAGCCUUCCUUACAACUUCCAUCACCCCUGACCCUUGGCCAUGUAGUUUGGGGCUGAUGAGAACUGGAAUCCAAGACAUGGAGAUGGGGAAAGAUCCUCUAAACAGAACCAAGCUUAGGAGUUAAACCUUCCCCACCAUCUGAGGAUUAAAGAAUCUGAGGACAGAAACUCAUUUCAGUCUGAGGUGCCUGCCUGCUUGUCUUAAACAGCAAAUAAAGGCCUUGAAAUGGAAACGUAGCUAGGCAACCAUGUGCCAGAAGUUUUUGCCCCGUGGGAACAAUCUGUUGUCGCUGUGUAGACACAAUUCCAGAUGUCUGUGCUUCUUUCCCCUAUGGCAGCCUUCUGCAACCUCAGGUCCCCUGACAUUGUUAGGCUACAGGUUCCAUCAUCCUGAGCCAGCUUGAAUGGUCUGGGAUCAUGGGACUUGUUGUUUAACAAAGCCGAGGGGGUGGGGUGAGGUUGGGAAAAGCUGCCCUUCAGGAACUGUCACCUUGGGCUAGGCCCAAAAUCCAGGAUUUGCAACAAGUACAAGGUUGAACGUGAGCUCCAGGAGACAGCUGCGAAUUUGUAUCACCAGCCCUGACAAAGAGUUGUCUCUUCUUGCUGAGGUCUCUUGAGAUAUUGGCACUCCCCAAAACAGUUUUUGGUGCCCUGUUUCAUCCAAGGGGUGCCCUGUUCCGCCAUGACUCGGGAGCAUUUUCCAAAUUUCAGCCCCCCUUUUGGAACCUGUUCUGUUAGGUUAAACUGUUUUGGAAGGAAGGGGGCACACUGCAUUUUGCACAGUUGAGUUACUUGCUUCGGGAUCUGGUUUCUUCGGAAGCGUGAUGAGGGGUUGCCACCGGAAAGGAACCCCGCCAAGACAGUGGCUGGGCUUUUAGCAUUUGCACACAAAGGCUUGUUAUUGACUGCAGAUCAAGACCCUUUUAAAGCAGCCUUCCCCAGACUUCCGCCCCCUUGGAGUGCAACUCUUGAUGGGAGUUGUAUUCCAACACAUACAGAGGGCACUAGAUUGGGGAGCGCCAUCUUAAAAGAACGGGUGGUUCUUCUCCUUUUUAAAGGACAUUCCCGUGAAAUCUGAAGCUAAUGAAUGUAAUAACUUCUGUGCCUAAUUCUCUUUCCCCCCCUCGUUUUUCUUCUUUAAGCUGUAAAUAGUCAUCUUUUGUUUAUUAUUGCACUGCAUCUCAUCUCCUUUGCAACUAAAACUUUUGUAUCCUGUUAGGAUUUUUGGCACUGAAAAGCAAAGUCAAAUAAACAUUUCCUUCAUUA